GCAGACCAUGCCGCGCUCCACCUCGCUCUUCCCGCUGCUGCUUCUGCUGCUGCCGCCGCUGGCUUCGGGCCUCGGACUCCGUGCCGCCGGCGGCCGGCGCCCCGAGUGCGGUCCGUGCCGGCCCGAGCACUGUCCGGCGCCCGCGCGCUGCCCCGCGCCCGCGAUUGCGGCGCGCGACGAGUGCGGCUGCUGCGCGCGCUGCCUGGGCGCGGAGGGCGCGAGCUGCGGGGGGCGGGCCGGCGCGCGCUGUGCCCCGGGCCUGGUGUGCGCCAGCCGCGCCGCGGGGGCGGCGCCCGAGGGCACCGGGGUCUGCGUGUGCGCGCAGCGCGGCGCCGUCUGCGGCUCCGACGGCCGCUCCUACCCCAGCGUAUGCGCGCUGCGCCUGCGCGCCCGGUACACGCCCCGCGCGCACCCGGGCCACCUGCACAAGGCGCGCGAUGGCCCCUGCGAAUUUGCCCCCAUGGUUGUCAUUCCACCCCGGAGUGUCCACAACGUCACUGGUGCACAGGUGUACCUGUCCUGUGAGGUGAGGGCUGUGCCCACCCCUGUCAUCACGUGGAGGAAGGUCACACAGUCUCCUGAGGGCACUCAGGUGCUAGAGGACCUUCCUGGGGACCACGUCAAUAUAGCUGUCCAGGUGCGAGGGGGCCCUUCUGACCACGAGGCCACAGCCUGGAUUUUGAUCAACCCUCUGAGAAAGGAAGAUGAGGGAGUGUACCUGUGCCAUUCAGCAAAUGCGGUUGGGGAGGCCGAGUCCCACGGCACGGUGACAGUUAUGGAUCUGAGUAAAUACAAAGUCCCCCGCUAUCCAGCUCCAGACGACCGCAUGUGAUGGAGCAAUGGUCUUAGAAACCUGAUGACGGGAUGUUGGAAAAGUCAAGUCAUGGAUCGUUUUUUUUGUGUGUGUGAAGAGUUGGAGAAACUGCUUGUAGAUGACCCCUUUUGUAUGUUUUUACAGAUUAGAUGCAAACUAGAUUCGUAUGCACAUGUAGUUUUUAGCAGGGCAAGCAUUGGGAAACCAGACUGCAUGUGGCUUUUCUAUACUUUUGAAAUGAACUGCUCCGUAAGAAUUCUUUUUUAACUACUCCCUCCCAGGGAAGGUCACCUGGUGGUAUGUUUGUAAUUCUAAAGGGCUGGAACAAGGCCUGUUUCAGCCUUGUGUCUUUACCUCAUCUGUCUGUGACUGAUUAGCAAAGCUCUGUGACUUAGUGUGUGUUGUAGAAGGAGGGAGAGAGUCCUGCCUUCAUCCUCUGCCUGCUCUCUGACUCGCUGUGUGACCUGGAUAGGCCCCUCCCCAUUCUGGACCUUUGUCUCUAGCUGUUUGGACUAGCUGUUACCUGGGUCCCUUGGAGCCCUGCCAUCCCAGAGUAAGAUGGCCCUGUGGAAAAAAUACAGGAAGUAUAGUCUUAGCAUUCGUUUUCAAGACUGCUCAAAACAGCUGCCACCGCUUCAUACCAGAGUGGGUGUGGAGCUGGCCACAGCUCUUCUGUUCCUGCCAUUUUCCCACCUUAAAGAGAUGGAGUUCUAGACGGGACACUUUACCAGACUCCGGAGCCCCUUGGCUGGGUGCUUGGGGACCAAGGUGUCCCUUUGUCAACAAGCCCAGCAUCCUCUAACCAGGUAAGCAGUAGACACCUGGCUUCUGGACAUCAAACUGAAGAAAUGGGGUCAGUUGCUUCUUCCUCUGAGCUGUGGGAUUAGAGUAUUAAUAGAAUACAUUUUACUUAGAGACGUUUUGACCUCACCCAGAAAUUAGGCUUGCUUUCUUUCUGUUCUUUCUUUUCUUUCUUUCUUGUUUCUUUCCUUUUCUUCUUUUCUUUUCUCUCUUUUUUUAAAAUAUUUUUAAUGAUUAUUUACUUUUGAGAGAGAGAGAGAGAGAGAGCAAGCGCAUGUGCGCAAGUUGGGGAGGGGCAGAGAGAGAGGGGGAGACACAGAAUCCAAAGGUGUCAGCACACAGCCUGACACCAGGCUCGAAUAAACUCACAAACCGUGAGAUCAUGACCUGAGCUGAAGUCAGAAGCUCAACCGACUGAGCCACCUAGGUGCCCCUCUUUUCCUUUCUUUCUUUCAGUGAGACGAGUAUUUAUUAUCUGACUGAAAAAAUAGAUUCCCCUGGGUGAUUAAAAAUUUUUUUAAGUCAGAAUUGGGAUCUCACUUGUGUCUUGUCCUUAAAGUUCAUGAAGUGCUUUUCUGUCUGUGGCCUCUUCACAACUCCAGCACGGCAGGCAGGGUAAACGCGGAUGUCCCAACUCCCUUUGCAGAUGAAGAAACCAGGCUCCGAGAGGGAGAUGCUUGCCCAAGGUCCGAGGGCCUCCGAGAAGGACCAGAACUUGGGGCACCCUUUCUAUGCCAUGGUGCUGCUUCUCGGGAUAAUCUCAUGGCUAUGGAAAGGAAGGGGCUUCAGGGACUCUCCUCCUGGUCCCUCUCAGCUUUUACAGCAUACUCCCAUGCCCCUCCCCACUAGGUAUCACAUUCUGGUAUCCUUUUUGGAAUUGCAUUUUCUCCCUUUGAGCCUGGCCAUUCCGUAUCUGAAAUAUUGGGGUGGCAUCACCCUGAUGUACUACAUGGCAGGAGCAGAGCCUGAAAAUCCAGAAACAUGAGGUCCAUUUGGGGAUUCAUCCCUGGCUUGCUGCCUGACUCCAAGCAAGUCCCCUCACCUUCUGGACCUCCGUUUCCUCAUUUGAAUAAGAAGGCAACGAAACUAGAUGGGUAGUUUGCAAACUUUAAAACACUGGAACCCCUGUCUUUGAAUAAAAUCAGAGUUGAAACUGA